UAAUCGCGGCCGACAAGAAAUUCAGUCCAUUCGCGAGUGUUGGUCCGACACGAGGACCCACUUUCUUCUGAAUAGCACACGGUGCUGCUGCUGCUGCCCGGUCGCCGCCACCGCUGGAAUAUAAUAUUUACAUCAAACAUAAUAAGCUCGAGUACGAAAAUCGCUCCAAUCACCGUACGGUUAGGUUUCUUUUGUAAUACGUUUACCGCGGUUUUCGGUUUUUUUUUUGUUUUUGAUCCGUUCCGUAUAUUAAAUGCGCGCACAUUCGUGCAGGCAACCGUAGUGUGUUUUGUACUUAUAAUUUCUCCCUUUUUUUUCCUUUUUUUUUUGCGCACACGAAACGCGCCAAUUUCAAAGUCGCGAUAAACGCAUCGACCAUGUACCGAAGUAGUUACCACGUGUGCCUCUUGGCCGUCUUGGCGCUGGUCGUGCUGGAUGCCACGGUACAGUCCACCAUCGUCGUGACGAACACCAACUCGGAGAACUGCACCACAUACGACGGAGUGAAAAUCAAGAAACGUACCGGAAGCAGUUCGGAUGACCAGGCGACUGCAGAAUCGCAUUGGACACCACAAGGAGGGUUCGAAGAAGAUGCGGCAGCUUAUGCACCGCCCGAAGACUUCUUUUCUGCCGCUCACGGACUAGUGCAGACUCAUCCGGCCACGUUCAAUGGAUUCGGCAGUAUUUCCGAACCUUCGCACACGAACAUACCGCCGUUGGGUUAUUCGUCAUUGGACUUCGAUAGGAGAGGCCUGGAAGAGUUGCGAAAAAAUCCUGAAUUAUCAUCGCCGGAAGAAUGCGCCAGAGCUUGCCGCGAAGGAGAGCCACCGAAGAUAUGUUAUUACCAUUUCACCGCCGAAUUCUACAACGUACUCGGAGCGGCCUGUCAGGUUUGUACGCCGAACGCCACCAACACUCUGUGGAGCCACUGCCAGUGUAUAUUGGCGGAUGGAGUCGAGAGAGGAAUGUUGGCCAUUAACCGUAUGUUGCCCGGUCCAAGUAUACAGGUGUGCGAGGGAGACAAAGUCGUCGUGGACAUGUUGAAUCACAUGCACGGUCUGGAGUUGGUCAUCCAUUGGCACGGUAUUCACCAGAAGGGCACUCAGUACUACGACGGGGUACCUUAUGUCACACAAUGUCCCGUCCACGAGGGCAACACUUUCAGAUACCAAUUCGACACCAACGCCGGCACGCAUUUCUGGCACGCCCAUUCCGGUCUGCAAAAGAUUGACGGCAUCUACGGUAGCAUCGUGGUCCGUCAACCGCCUUCACAAGAUCCCAACAGUCAUCUGUACGAUUACGAUCUGACUACACACGUCAUGCUGCUGUCCGACUGGUUGCACGAGGACGCCAUGGAGAGAUUCCCCGGCAGAUUAGCCGCUAACACAGGUCAAGACCCGGAGUCGGUGUUGAUCAACGGCAAAGGACAGUUUACCGACCGCAACACUGGAUUCAGCACCAACACUCCCUUGGAGACGUUCACCAUAACGCCCGGCAGGAGAUACAGGUUCCGUAUGAUUAACUCGCUGGCAUCCGUCUGCCCUGCCCAGCUCACCAUUCAAGGACACCCGUUAGUGUUAAUCGCCACCGACGGAGAGCCCGUCCAACCAGUAGUUGUCAACACCAUCAUUUCGUUUUCGGGUGAAAGAUACGAUUUCGUGAUAAACGCCGAACAGCCCGUCGGUGCAUACUGGAUCCAAUUCAGAGCUCUGGGAGAGUGCGGUAUCAAACGCGUUCAACAGUUGGGCAUACUCAGAUACGCCCGAGGUCCGUACGUACCCAAGUCCAAACGACCCACUUACGACGUCGGUUUGCCACAGGGAGUGGUGUUGAACCCAUUGGACGCAGUGUGCGAUCAACCCAGGACCGACGCCGUGUGCGUCAAUCAACUCAAAAACGCUAAAGCAGUAGACAAGGGUCUUUUGCAAGAGAGGCCGGACGUAAAAAUUUUCUUGCCGUUCAAGUUCUUGAUCUACAGGCCAGAAGAGCUUUUCCAGCCCCACCAGUACAACAGAUAUUUAGUUGCUCCCGGCGGUGGUGACCACGUCAUAAGUUUGGUCGACGAAAUAUCUUACACGUCACCUGCAUCUCCCAUGCUUUCCCAGAUCGACGACAUACCACCCGAGUUGUUCUGUAACGGAGACAAUAAACCAGCCAACUGUGGCAGAAAUUGCAUGUGCGCGCACAAGGUCGACAUCCCCAUGCACGCCGUCGUAGAAGUCGUACUGGUCGACGAAGUCCAACAACCGAAUCUCAGCCAUCCGUUCCACUUACACGGUUAUUCGUUUAACGUGAUCGGUAUGGGACGGUCGCCCGACAAGAACGUCAAGAAAAUCAACUUGAAACACGCGCUGGACUUGGACAGGAGAGGUCUCUUGGACAGACACUUCAACUUACCACCGUCAAAGGACACCAUUGCAGUGCCCAACAACGGUUACGUGGUAUUCAGGUUCAGAGCCGACAACCCAGGAUACUGGCUGUUCCAUUGUCACUUCUUGUUCCACAUCGUCAUCGGUAUGAACUUGGUGUUGCACGUGGGCACGCACGCCGACCUACCGCCAGUGCCCGACAACUUCCCUCAGUGCGGAGACUUCUUACCUCCGGUCAGUCUGACCGGACAUUGACCGCGUCCCAUACUAAUAUUGUAAACGUCAGUCCGAAUUAAGUGCUCAUAUUAUAUAAAAAAAAAAUAAAUGAAUAACAAAAACAAACGACGCAAUUGACAGGGAAAACCCGUCAAACGAAAAAAAACCUAAACGGCGUUUGUUAGUUUAGAUUUUCUAUAUUUAUUUUAUUUGAAAUUAUAUAUUAUAUAAAAUAUAUAAUAUAUAAUUGUGUGCGUGUAAUUAAUACAAUUAUUAGAUUACGAUACAUUUUUUAUACCCUAGAAUAAUGUGUUAUGCCAUAACAAUAUGUAUGUUAUUUAAAUGUGUUAAUAAUUUAGUCACUUGUUCAAUUGUUUUACUUUAUUAAUUAUUAUUAUUACUAUUAAUCACUUUGUCUAAGUCAUAAAACUCUGUCAAACAGAAAUUUAAUUUAAAGCAAAUAUCGAAUUCGUCAGUCCCUCCUUGGUCUUGCCUCCGUUUUUUUAAAUGAUAAUAAUAAAUAAUAUACCUAUAUUGUUUCUAAGUUCACCAAAGCUUGCCAAUACCAUAACUUAAGACAAUGUGUUUAUUUAUAGUUUAAUAUUUGUGCUUAUUACCUUUUAUUAUUAUUAUUUUAAUGUCUAAUACGUCGUGUACAUAAUGUUCUAUAAUAAUUAUUAGUCUCUAGUUAAUUAUUAAUAUUAUAUUAUUAUUUUUAUUAUUAUUAUCAUCAUCAUUGUAUAAAUUAGAAUAAACGUUUUGUUUUAUUGUAAAAAAAAUAAUAACCCAACUAAAUGAGCCAUACAUUCGUCGAAUUGUAUUAAGAAGUCGAUAAGAAUUUUAUUAUUUUUGUCGAUCGAGUGUUUCGGUCUCGUGUUUUAAGUCCAUUAAAUUUCAAGAAAAUCUUUAACUGUUACCCGUGUAGUGUUUACACAUGCUUUUAAUUCACACACUGUUAUCUUAUUUUUUUACAAACUAUUUGUAU